AUUGUGUGACAGUAUUUUGAUUCGUAUGUGCUGGAAGUGAGAAAAAGAGAAAAGCGCAGGGCUGAAGCGGGGAGGGGGGGCAGAAAAGAGGAGCUGUCAAACAGAUCCGAGUCUCAGAGCGGCUCGGUGUCCUCCCCUAGCGCGGAUCCUCCUCACGGCCCGGGGCCUCGGUGUCUGGCUCCGCGUCUCCCUGCCGGACCCUCUCGGCUUCUCUGCUCCAGCUCUCGGCCCUCUGGAGCUCCGGCGGCGGUGUCGGGUGUUGAAGGCGGCCCGGGGAGCGGCGGCGGCGGGUCGGAAGAAGAUGUUUAAGAUGAAGGCGGUGAGCUGCCGAGACUGACGCCGCAGAGCGCUGAACAGAACCAGCAGUCCUGACCCGGCAACAUACGAAUGGCCCAGGGAAGCCACCAGAUUGACACUCAGGUUUUGCAUGACCUGCGCCAGAAGUUCCCUGAAGUCCCAGAAGGUGUUGUCUCCCAGUGUGUUCUGCAGAACAACAAUAAUCUCGACGCCUGCUGUGAAUACCUGUCCCAGGUGAGUCCGGGUUACCUGUACAGUGAAGAAGGAAACCUCAGCUUUACUGACGACAGCUUCAGGCUCCACAAUCACAUGACCCAGCUGAACCUGGGCCUGCAGUCUCACAAUGUGCAUGUGUCCCCGGUUCGGGACGGCCUGAGAAUGAACGGCAGCCGGACUCUGGCCCACAGCCUGAGCGACGGGCCCCUCCAGACCAGCCAGGCCCCCAACCCUGACUUCUUCCAGCAGGAGCCCCAGUCGGCCCCGGUGCAGGGGCCCUCCAGCAUCAAUGUGUUCGGUGUGAUGGAGCCCACACGCAAACCGCAGCCCCCCCAGCACCUGGGCCUGUACCCGCUGGGGGUCAAAGGGUCCAGCAUGGGCCAGCCGGCGCCGCGCUUCAACCCCAUCACCGUGACGCUGGCGCCCAACAUCCAGACGGGGCGCAACACGCCCACGUCCCUGCACAUCCACGGCGGGCCCCAGUCGGGCCUCGGCAGCCCCCAGGGCAACUCCAUCUACAUCCGGCCCUACGUCAGCCAGUCUGGUACCAGCCGGCAGAACCAGCAGCAGGGGGGCCGGGCCCAGUACAGCCCCACCUCCCAGCCCCAGCAGCAGAUCUACCAGAUCUCCCACCCCUCCUCCCUGUCCGGCUCCUGGUCCGGCCCUCAGCACGCCUCCUCACAUACCUCACAGCACCAGGCCCAGGGCCACCAGACCUCCCACGUCUACAUGCCCAUCAGCUCCCCCACCAACCCCCAGGCGCCCUCCAUCCUCCCCACUGGGAGCCAGGCCUCCUCCUCUGGCGUCUCCUCCUGCUCCUCCUCCUCCACCUCCUCCGUCAUGCCCACCUCCCUGUCUACCAUCAGCCAGUACAACAUCCAGAACAUCUCCACGGGCCCCCGGAAGAAUCAGAUCGAGAUCAAACUUGAAUCUCCUCAGAGGAGCAACUCCACAACCACGACCGCCCUCCUGCGUACGAGCAGCGGGCCGCGCUCCUCCUCCACCUCCUCCUCCUGCCCUUCCUCCUCCUCCUCUUCCACCGGGGUGGCUACUGUUCCCACCACCCCUCUCUCCAUCGGAGGCCCCGGUCUGAGCCGCAGCCAGCCCACUGUUUACAUCUCCCCCAGCCCGCCUUCUGCUGCUAGCACCUCCUGCGAGGAGGCGGUGGUGCCGGCCGGCUCCCGCUCCCAACCCAAGUUUUACAUUUCUGCCAACGCCUCCGGUGACGACAGUGGUGGCAGGAACCCUCCCACAGUCUACAUCUCAGCCAACCCUCCCCUGCAGGGGCCCUCGGGGGCCAGGAACAUGGGGGGCCAGGUGAGCAUGGGCCCCGCCUACAUCCACCACCACCCUCCUAAGUCCCGCGCCUCCUUAGGAGGAGGAGGCACGACUUCCUCCCCCCGCGUGGUGGUGACUCAGCCCAACACCAAGUACACUUUUAAAAUCACCGUGUCCCCCAACAAGCCUCCAGCUGUGUCCCCUGGAGUCGUGUCCCCUACGUUUGAGCCCAACAACCUCCUCAGCCUCCCGUCGGAGCACCACUUCGUGGAGCCGGACCCGCUCCACCUCUCGGACCCGCUGUCCCCGCUACGCGAGAGGCCCAGCGAGCCGCGCAGGCUCAGCAUGGGCUCCGACGACGCAGCGUACACUCAAGCGUUGUUGGUCCAUCAGAAGGCCCGGAUGGAGAGAUUGUGGCACGAGCUGGAGCUGAAGAAGAAGAAGCUGGAGAAGUUAAAAGAGGAGGUGAACGAGAUGGAGAACGACCUGACGAGGAGACGGCUGGAGAGAUCCAACUCCGCCUCCCAGAUCCCUUCGAUUGAGGAAAUGAAGCAAUUGCGGUGCAAAAACAGGUUACUGCAGAUCGACAUCGACUGCCUCACCAAAGAAAUUGAUCUCCUUCAAACACGAGGACCACACUUUAAUCCAAAUGCAAUUCAUAAUUUUUAUGACAACAUUGGAUUCCUCGGUCCUGUCCCACCCAAACCCAAAGGUACUUUAUCUAUUGAGGGCAGUAAGGUAGUGAAGGCCCUGGCCGACCAGGAGGAGGACGAGGGGACGCAGUGGAGCUGCACUGCCUGCACCUUCCUCAACCAUCCGGCCCUCAACCGCUGUGAACAGUGCGAGUUUCCGCGGCACUUCUGAGCCUCGAGCAGCGAUGGCCGCUCCUCCUCAGCAGCGAUGGCCGCUCCUCCUCAGCAGCAAUGGCCGCUCCUCCUCAGCAGCAAUGGCCGCUCCUCCUCAGCAGCGAUGGCCGCUCCUCCUCUGCCAGACCGGAACAGGAAACGGCCUCGAUUCUUCUUCUUCUUCUCCUUCUAGUCGUAUGAAACCAGGACGAGGCGCCGCCACCAGUACAGAGUCCUGUUCUCCUGGUUUUCUUUUUCUUUUCUUCCUCUCUGGUUUGUCAGAAUGCUGUCCACUGAAGGCUUGACUGGAUAGUUUACAGCGAGUUGUUAUAAAGGUUGUUAUAAAGUCUGGCAGAGGGAUGAUACCUCACCUUAGAGACACAGACCCCCCUCUGCUCCACCUGGGAUACCUCGCUGCUCCACUAACAGUAUUAGAGUGUGGCCCUGCAGUGUGACGGCACACACACACACACACACACACACACACACACACACACACACACACACACACAGAGGUGUCAGUGUGCCUUUUGCUGAUGACAUUGUUGUAGUUUUCUUCUUCUGUGGUGGCUGAGCGCGGGGUUGGGAACUGUGUUCAGCCAUCUGAAGGGAACUAACGGACUAAUGGACCUUAAAGUGUGUUUGCUGUUUCUGGAGGACGUCUCAGUGGGAACUCCAACGUGCCUCUGGUCCUCCAGCAUCCUUCCUGUCUUCAGUCAUGAAUAAUAAAAAAGAAACUAAGUUGCAUGCUUUGUGUACAGUACACGGAGGCAGAACUCCCCUGAGCUUUUUACUGUACAUAAUGUUAGAAAGUGCCUUGAACACCUUCUUCCUCACACUAUGAAUCACUUGUAUUUCCUGUAAGUAUAGCUUUAUAGACUUUAUUAACUUUUUUUUGUCUCGUUUUUGUUUCCCUCUUUCAAACCAAUAAGCACCGUGUUCCCUGUUUAAGCUUUUGACUUGAUUUCUGUGAGAGUUGAAGCCUUGCAGAAGGAGAGGUGCUUCAUGAAGCUACGUCUGUCUGUGAUGCAUCAUGAAGCUACGUCUGUCGCUUGUGUCAUUGCUGAGUUUCCUGUGUACGAUCUGCAGAUGCAGCAAAGAGGAAGGCGAUGGAGGAGUCUUUUUUUGUUUUUUUUGUUUCAGGACGCAAAACAUGUUGGGACUGUCGGAGGAGGGAAGGGGUCAAAAAAACAAAAUUACAAACUGCCAUUUUAUCUGACAACUGGAAUGUAGGUUUAAUGUUUUCCACCUCAGUGCAGAGAGACACUUCCAGUACAACCAGUACGCUACUGGAGCAGCGGACUGGUUCAACGUUUCCAUGUUGCUGUGCACCUGAUAGAAUAUGUUUAUGAACUAUUCAUAAGGGUCCGUGCCUUCUAUAACAGGUCACAACAACAUGACUGUCCACUUUGUGUACUCUUUAUUUUUAUUUGGCUCAUUUCAUCCUCCUAAGCUUUUAUUGAUGAGGGUGUUUCUAAAGUUUACUUAUUGUCAUUAACUUACCUUAACUGUGGAGUAGUUACUUGUUUUGUUUUUUUCCACACUUGUGAAAUGUUGCCUUGCAUCAGUGCCUUUAGAACUAUUGAAUUUGUAUUGAUAAUCUAUCCUGUCACAUCCGAGUGCCAUUUUUAAAACCAAACUUUUAGUAUCAUUUAAACCCGUUUAAAAGUAGAAGAUGAAAUAUUGUCUCUUAAGCACUUCCGCCAUCCUUUUUCCUUUUUCCAAUCCAGAGAAACCAGUUUCAGCUUUAUCUGCACCUUGGUGUGAAGAGGCAGUUUAUUCAUGUUUUAUUAAAUGGAAAAAAAUAAUUUGGAUAUCUAAAGUGUUUUUUUGAUUUUAGCUGGGAAAACUGUCUUUGUAACAGAUAAGUUAUUUGUAAAAAUAAUUAAAAAAAAUCUAUUCUGA